AUGUUGAGGAACAUAUUACAGUUUACAAAGUUCUCAAGAGCAUCGCCAACGAUUUUAGCAAACAAUUAUUCACAGUAUGAACCUCAUUUCAUAAAUCCAGUCUUCAAAAAGGAUGAACAAGAAGCAUUAAUUAAAAGCGGUGAAAUAUCUAAGAUUGCAUUCGUUCCUAUUAAAGCACCAAGAAACAAUGACAACUCUAGUGUUUUUCAUGACCAUCGUGUCAGUAAAAUGGUGAAUUAUAUCAUGCAAGGAGGCAAAAAGGAACUAGCGAGAAAGUUGAUGUCUGAAACUUUUGAGAGGAUUAAAAGAAUACAGAUUGAGAGAUAUCAUAAAGCACAAACCGAAGAAGAAAAAGAGAAUAUUGUCCUUAAUCCAGUUACAAUCCUUCAUAUGGCAAUUGAGAAUGUACGACCGAUUCUUAUGGUUACUCCAGUUCGUCGUGGUGGUGUUAAAUAUCAAGUUCCAGUUCCAAUUAGUGAGCAAAGUUCAUAUUAUCGUGCCUGUAAAUGGCUUGUUGAAGCAUCUAGAGAACAUGAUCGUAAAACUCAUUUACCUGAAAAGAUGGCAUUUGAGCUGCUGGAUGCUGCUAAUAAUUCUGGACGUGUUGUAAAGAGAAAGCACGAUUUGCACAGAUUAUGUGAAGCCAACAGAGCCUAUGCUCAUUACAGAUGGAGCUAA